AAAGGAAAAAAAGAAAAAUAGAAUAGAAUUAAGAAACGGAUGUUGGUUGCAAGAAGCAACCGCUAGAUUUGUUCGCACCCGAUCCACGCGGUGAACUUCCAUGGCCACUACUCUUCUUCUUCCUCCGAGAUCUCUUCCCUCUGCUUCUUUCUUCUUCUUUUCUUCAAUGGCGGGAACCCAAAUAAUAACCGGAUCCCUAUUUAUCACCAACCCCCUUUCUCCUUCAAACCUCUUUUCCUUUGCCACGUUUCUUUCUCUCAGCUUCCACACGCUCGCCUUCUAACCCAAGCAAUUCUUUCGAUUUCAUCAACCCUUUUCUUUCCCAAUCCCCCUUCUUAUUCGCUCAAUUCCAUUCCCUUUUCCCCUUUUCGGGAAUGAAGUUUCUCGCUGUUUGUUUUCUUUCGUUAUGGACUCUCUCUCCCCUGUUUUAGCUUCUUAAUUUAAUUCUCAUGUGUUUCUCUUUCUUUCUAUCAUGCGUCCCUUGUGUUUAUGCGCCUUCCCGAUUUCGGUUUUGUUUCUUAAUGUUGUAAUUGGUCGUGAUUUCGGAUUUCGGAUUCUAGCUCGGUGUUAAUGGGGAAUGCCGAUGAUGCUCGUUCUGUAUUUCCUUUGACCAAUUUGCAAAUCGGAUGGGUUUCUGUGUCCAGCUGAUUUCGAUGUUUGGUGAAUGUUGUAUUUCUUCAAUGUUGUAACUGUUUCCCCCCUUUUCUGGUUGACCCUUUCAUCAAUUCAGCGACCUGCAGUCUUAUCUCUCUGAUCUUAGCCUCUUCUUGGCACCUGAAAGUAAAAGGUUUUAUAUCUUGGUGGACAAUCGGCCAUGGUUGAGAGAAUUUGGUUCACGGCCUGCUCGCUUAUGGCAGCUGAUGGUUACGAAGUCGAGGCUCUCUCCUUUUGCAAUUAGGAAAGUGCGAAAGGAUAGAAAUAGUGAACGGGCGGCUUAUCAGAGACCCAAAAUUACUAAACCAAAGAAGUUUUUGCGAUGGUUCCCAUUGAUCAAUGCAGUAACAUUGUCUAGAAAGAAACUUCUACUUCCUAUGCCGCCGGUGAAGAACCUUAGAAAAUCUUUUGUCCUUAACAAUGAACUGCAUAGAACAUUAUAUGGUUUUAUUGUUUUUGGAGUUUCAUGGGACAAUGUUAGAGGUAUAAACUACUUGAAUGAGCUUCAGACGGAUACCUCGCUUGCCAUAGAGUCUAAAUAUAUGCAACGAUGGGAGUUUGAUUCCAUAUCUCAAGCUGCAGCAAGCAUGUCUACUUGGUUCUUGGGUUCACCCACCGAUGGGAAACUGUUGAAGAAUUAUUUGGAGUCAGUCACAGGAGAAGUUUUUUACGAUGCAUUAGAUGAUUUCCACGAUGUUGAAGACAGUUACCUCAAUAGCAUUCCCAUUAUGGAGGAUGGAAUUAUCUCUUACAAAAACUUGUACAUGAAUAAUGACUUUCUGGAGUGCCCUGAUGGUGAGCUAGACCUAGAUUCUACCACUGCAGAAGACAGCAAGAAUACACUACAGACACCUCCUCCUACUGGUCCUAACAAGAGAAGAAAAGUAACAAAGUUUAUUGUCUCAAAGAAUGAAGAUGACACCUAUCUGGAAGAGAGGAAAAACCGAGUUAUUGAUUUGGCUAGUGUCCCGGAGAGUCAUGAUACUAAUUGUCUGGAUGUAGUUGAGGCCACACAAUACAAAGAUGUAUUAAUUUUGUUUAGGUUCAAUGAUCGGGACCUUCCAUUCAAGUUAAGGCAAGUAAUAAUGCCGGAUCUACGGUUGCUCACCUUGUUAGAAGCUGGUCUACCAUCCUGGGUCAUUUUCCUUCAAUCUUACCCCGUGUUUUGUCAUCUCUAUCGUCCUUGGAUGUGCCCUCUUGCUAGGGCUUUAUACGUGCUGGUAUCAGUUAUCACAGUUCUCAUAGGAUUCUAUGAUUUAUACAAAAAUGUCCCACUUUUGAAGGCAGCGGCUUCUCGUUUGUGUGGACCCCUUUUUGAUUGGAUAGAGACUUGGGAGAUGGUAUCAAGGAUAAAAUACUUGGGAACAAUGCUGUUCUUACAUAAUUUUGAGAAAGCUGUUACCUGGUUUCUUACUAUUUCACGUACUACACGUUCUUUUAUUUCAAUUAUGGCUCAACCAUUGGCAGGUCCUGUCAUGGAACUUAUAGGAUUCCUACUUCCUGUUGGUAGUACUUUUAUCGAAGUUGUUGGGAACUUCUUUUCAGUGAUCUGGGAUGUCAUUGAAUUUUGUUGCACUAUGGUUGUUGACUCAAUUGAGUUGUUGUUGAUGCCUGUAUGGUUCAUUUUCUCAACCGUCUGGAGCUGUGUAACAAUGGUUUUGCUUCCUAUAUUGUGGAUCAUUUCCGAAAUCCUGUAUGCUCCAAUUAGAGCCGUCCUUUCAUUAGCUAGUUUCAUCACUUACAUAUGCACCGGCAUUUAUGAUAUGUUCGGAGACAUACAACUUUUUCUCAGUAGUGUCUUUCAAGUUGCUUCUGUUUCGGAGGCAACAGUUUCUGCUUCUGAGGUUUCUGUUUGGCGUACACUUUGGAAUGAUCUUUUCUCUCAGGUUUUUCGAGCUGUUCGAAGUAUAUUAAAUGGAUUUGUUGCCUUCUUCACUGCUUGCAACAGACAUCGGCUCAGCAUCUAUAAUCAUGUACAUGAAUGUUUCGAAAGAUUAUCGGGACGAAUGAGACAGGAAGCAAGCAGCACUAGACACAUAUAUAUGCCACAUCGCCUGACUAGUAUAUAUGAACAGUCGGUGGAAAAGCGCAAAGCUCACACGGAUUAGAAAUCUGUUGGUUUAAGCAGAUGAAUAGGACACAUGAGAUACAUAUCCCCUUGUGCAUAUUUAGUGCGUCUUAGUCAAAGGACGCAUGUCACAAGCAGCAUGUCUUAGCAGCGGACAAAGCAGUCUAUAAUUGAUACUGUACAAAGUAGCAUGAGUUUUUUCUUUUCCUACAACAACAUGGAGUUGGGGGAUUCAAACUUCUUACUGAACUCUUUGUAUGCCUAACCUAGUUGAGCUUAGGUUGACAGAAUAGAGUUUGUAAAUCUUUAUACCUUUGGUCCUUCUCAUUACCUUUCCUCAAAAUCGACAUCAUUUAUACUCUCCCUUGGGGAUGACAUACAGUUGUAAAUCUCGGGAUGUAAAUAGAGUGUAAAAUUAGUGUACAAAAUUUCCUUUUAUUUCAAA